CCAAUUAUAGAUCUGAAAAAAAAUUCGAUAUCGAGAAUUGAGAAACGCGAACAUUUUAUAAAAUUAACGAGAGAAAAAAAAAAAUCGUUUUACUAUUUAUUUACGGUGUGGAUUGUUAAUUUGUGUUCGUUGUCUUUAGCACAUAAUAAUAUUGUGAUGUACGUUUGCUCGGAGAACCUCUACAAGAACAGUUUUAAUGUUACGGGUUUUCACGUAAAGACAAUGGUGGGUGGUAUAUAGAGGCAUUAGCCUCUGUUGGCGAAGACCAGUGUCUGCCGCGCCACAGUCGUUGUACGUGCACAAUUCACGUUCGUCGUUUCCGUCGCACUGCCAAUUUCCGAGCCAUGUAAGUAUUAUAAUAUGCAAACGAUAUUAAUAAAAAUAUGAUAUACACUCGUUAAAUUCGUGUCUAAACGACGGUGCAUCACACUCGGUUUACUAGGGUUUUUUUUUAUUUUUCUUUCGUGCCAACGACAGGCAAACAGAUUCCACAAUUUUGUAAAAUUUUCUUAAGAAUUUUUUCUCUGCUUUUUCAAACGCUACUAUGAAUAAUUAUACGAAACCGGUAAUCGUGCGUGUAUCAGCAAUCUGUUUAUUCGGAUUUCUCACGAAACCCAUGUGGGUAAGUUGAUAAUUAGGCUCCAAGUAUAUAUACGUAGAAUACUGCCGACACGCGUAGGCGGUCGGUAUAUUAUUAAUUUUACUAUUAUCUUGUUAUAUUUGGAUUUUACCGCGUGCGACUUCUCGUUUUGUGGAUUAUUUGAGCGUUAUUUUGAGAAAGAAAAAAAAAAUCAUUUAAAUUGCAUAACAUACAUCGAAACGAAAUAUUUGAAUUACGACGAUGAAGGCUGAAUGCCUGUGAUAUUGAUGUUGUGUAUUGUACAUAGCCACAUGGGUACACUACACACUAUGUUAUAUUUAUAGUAUUAGGUAAUAAUAUACGUACGUACUUAUAUUGCAUAAAGUUUUGGAAAAUGUUAAAAACAAUACAACAUUAAAAGUAGGCAUUAUUACCAUAACACAAGUGGGUACGGAGAAGCCCACAGAUACGUAAUCGAAUGUAUAAUAAUUACUAUAUAGUAUGUAUUAUGCAUGUCCGUCAGUACCAAUGCGUCUAAUAAUAUCAAUCUGUUUACAAAUAACAGUUGCCCUACGACAAUCACUGUAGCGUCCUACAGGAAGCAAUAAGGGAUUUCAGCCCCUCAACCCCCCUCCCCCCCCGGCCGUGUUAAAAUGACAAAAAUAAAAUUCACUAUAAUGUAUUGUGUACCUAUGUUUAAGGUCGGUGUAGAGAAUUUUUCACGUUGAAAACUUAACUAUUUACCUAUUACUAUAACACAACUGUAAGUACAUAUACCCUAAUAUUGUGUACCUGCCUCUACUACACAAUUAUACGUAGGUACUUUGUAAAAUAGCUUCAAAAAAGGGAUUUAAAUAAUAGAUUUAUUCAUGUUUAUUAUGUAUAAUUAUUAUUAUCAAUUAUCUAUUAAGACUUUCCCCCCCCCCACCUUUUUUGAAAAAACCCGAAUAGUGGCCACUAACGACAACAUAACUGUUAUUAGUCCAUACGAUGCGAAAUAAUUAUAGACAAUGUGUAAAAAACCGUGUAUAGAUACAAUCGUAUGCACAAUUAUAAUUGUAUAACUUAUUAUUACCGUAUUUCCCCUUCUGAAAAUUACUGUAUAUUUAUUAUAGGCGUUUAUAAUAAUAAUAUAAUAAAGUACUUAUUAUUUUUACGAUCGCGUAUCAGAUGGAACAAUUAAAAUCAGAUCAAGCACUCUGGGAUACUAACGGAACAAUAAGGAAUAUAAAAAUUUAGUAGUUAUACGUCAGUGCUUCCCAAACGUUCGCGGCGCCAUUAGCUAAUCAUUGUGAUAAAAAAAAAAAAAAAAAACCGAUUUUGAGCGAAGUAAUAUAAUAAUUCAUGUUUUUCCUAUUGCAUAGCCAAGGUAACCCUGCAGAAAUCGAUAACAAUAAAACCGAUGUAGGUACUUGACUAUAUAAAUUUAGAGUAAAACUGUUGGGAUCUCGAAAUUUGUUUUGUAUUCAGCACCACCGGACAAAAAUUCCGCGUCUUUUAAUGUUCAGCACAAAUGACUUGGAGAAAUUUUACUAACCGAAAGAGUGUUCUCCCAGAAAAAAUUUAAAAAAAAAAAAUACGGGUAUAUAUUUCACACGAUGUGUGGGCAACUGUUAUAAGUGAGAAGUUGGGAAGAUACAGAAGGGAAAUUUAAUGUAAAUCUGUAUGCAACCAUUAAUCACUAUUAACAAAAAACGAUUCUGAGCGGAGUUCGGUUAAUAGCUUAAUUGUUUUGUCAACAACAGAAAUGUCAUAUUAUGGUAAAAUAAUUACACAAUAUGCAUUGUAUAUUUUCUUUAAUAAUAUUUAUUCAAUAUUGUACUUAUUUUUCCGGUUUUUCCUAUUUAUUGAGAAAACUCCCGGGAAAAUCAAAAAAAUGACCUCCCAAAAGUACCAUACUAGGAAAAUUCACUUUCAGAAAAGAUGCUAUAUUUAAUACUUUGGCGCAAGAUUUCAAGUGGAAUUUACAAAAUCAUUUUGAAAAAAAAAAUCAAAAAAAAUCACCGUAAAACCAAUACAUUUCGCGUUCCGCUCAGAAUCUAAAAGGCCAUCGUAAUCAGCGUCGCCUUUUCCGCUGUAAUUUUGUUAUUCAAAUUUAUUUUCAGAUUACGCGGGGCCCAUGGGCGCCGAGGCGCACACUUUGGGAACCGCUGAGCUGCGUUGUUACACAUCAAGUUCCUAUGUAAGACGGGGUGAAUAAAUGCGAAUAGUUUUUAUUCUGUUUGUUCCGUAUAAGUUCAUUGUAUUUUAUUUCACGGAAAAACUGUAAUUAUAAACCGGUUACACGGAUAGGUAACCUAGCCGAUCUAUGAUGAACAAUAUACAAACGUCUUGAACAAUUAACACUAUAUAGUAUACAGUCGGUGGUGAUCUUAUUAAAGCACUUAUACAAACAUUAUUAUUAUGCAAAAAUUAUUCCGGUAUUACAUUUUGAGCCACGUAAACUCAACGGUUACAUGUUUAGGCGAUAUAGUAGAAUCACAAACCGUUUCGAACGAGAUGUAAUAAUUUUUAUUUUAAAUGCACCCACCAUAGAUUCUAAUACUACGCGUUUAAAUGCAAACUUCACUGCGAACUUAUCGUGUGAAAAAAAAAAAAAAAAAAAACUAACGGAGUUACAUUUACCUAUAAACUAUAAUAUGUACAACAGGUAGGCCGAUUUCCGUUGCAUUGAUUUUACUGUCGCGCGAAUCGAAUUGACGGCCGGUCGGAAGUCCGGGGAACUUGAUCCUCAAACAUACGAAUAUGAUAACACCGCAUUUAGCGAUUUUGUUUAAGGACGAAAGAAGUAAAACAGUAUUCACUCGGUAAAAUCUUUACGAGAAAUAACAUGUCUUCGUGAAAAUAUUAACUCGAAAUCAAAACCGACAUUUUUAGAUUCUGAGUGGAGGAGCCAAGAAUCUUAUGGUUUUACAAAGAUGUUUAUUUUUUUUUCUUUGGACAACUUUUCAACCAGAAAUCUCGCAUCUAUUUACAAGUGUAGCAGUUUUUCUGAAAGGAAAUCUGACUGGUGAGGUACUUUAGGGAAGUCAUUUUUGAAUUUUCUCACGAGUUUCCCUAAUAAAUGGGGGAGGGGGGGAAAUGGGAAAUUACGAAACAAAUAUUAUUAAAGAAAAUAUAUAAUGCCUAUGUGUAAUUCACGUGUAACCAUCAUACGGCAUAUAUAUUGUUGACAAAGCAACACUAUCGACUGAAUUCCGCUCAGAAUCGUUAUUUCGCUAGCAACGGUUUAUCGCUGCUUACAGAUGCGCAUUAAAUUUUCUUUCCGCUACCUUUCAAACUUCUCAUUAACAACAGCGGCCCACCCACGUCCGUAUUUUUCAUUAUUGUUUUCGAAUCGUUCGAUUCACGAAAAUGUUUUUUUUUUUAAUUUCCAUACAGUAUAUUAUACGCCCGGGUUGUAUUUUAUCGUGUAUAGGUAGGUGAUAUGGGUAUUGUAGGUGUGCAACAGGUAUAAUUCGACGGCGGGAAAAAUAGUUUUAGAAAAUUAUUUAAUUGUUUUUCGUAUUGUCUGUUGUUUUUUUUUUUUUUUUUUUUUUUUUGUUGUUUUCCUCGAGUAAAAUCGUGUUUCGUACACUCUGCAGCCAGGCAAUUAUUCGCCGAAGAGAGAAAAAAAAAAUUAGCGGUGUGUUUUUUUUUUAUUUGACAAUCCGCAGCACAGACUCGCUAAUUAGAAAGAAGAAAAAAAAAAAAAAAGUAAUUUUCCGCGAAACAAACAGCGGUUUUCCAAUCUGUUACAAAGGGCGGCGUGCGUACCAUUAUGGGAAGAGGGUUCAUCAAACCGUGAUUCCUUCAAAUAGAAACGACCGACUGCCGGGUUCGAUUGCCCGGCGAACUGCGCACCGUGCAUGACGCCUUCCCGCGGCCGCACGCCGCCCGUCUACCGCGUUACACACCCGCCUGCACAAUAUUAUGCCCGUGCCGUUGUGACGAUGACCCGUUUGGAUGAUGAGCACGCCGGCGGCUGUUCCGCGGCGAUUUUUCGGCAGCUGUGUAAUUAUUGUCGUUGUUCGUAGCGCACGCGCGUUUACGCGAUUAUUUUUUUGCGGCGCGGCGGCAGCGGUCCGGACUGCAAUCCGGCGGCGGUGGGGGGAGGGGACGGGGCGGAACGUGUUCAUAACGCCGGUACCGUCCCAUACCCGCCACGCGUGCGCGCGGUAAAAUGCUCGUCCGAAAAGCCGUAUCGUUUUGGAUUGCUGAACGCGCGGCGGAGACACCGCGGGACGAUUCGCCCAGCGUGCUCACCCCAAUUUUUCCUCCGCCCCCCCCCCCCACCACCAUCCCCGCGUGUAUUCUGAUUUUUGGAAUUUGUCAAGUGUAAUGAAAGCCGACAUUUUCGGACAUUUUGAUUUUGGAACCCUUUUGUCAAACACGAAAAAAAAAAAAAACGUCGAAUACAACUUUAAAUGAAUUGGUUGAAAAUAAUCGUUAAUACCCGACACCAGAAUUACAAUUUUAGUCAUUUUAGACGUGGUCAAGUUUUUAGACAACUCUGUUGACUUUUGAACGGUUUGUAGGCAUUGAACUAUUCUAUAAUUAUUGUUUCGGUUUUAGACUCUGAGCGUAGCAAGGGAGCUAUUGACAAUGCUGUUUACGCCUUUCUUUCAUUUUUUUUUUUUUGUCUAGUUUGUGGACAUUUUUUUUUCGUAGUAAAUUUGCUCCAAUUUUUACUUGUAGCAACUUUUCUGAAAGCCCGAGUCGUCUAUAUGUUACUUUAGAAACGUCAUCUUGAACCACUAAAGUGGGAAUAAACAUAGGAAAACGUACAAUUUCACGAUUUCAUUAUUUUACGCUGACGACGUUUUCUACCGGAAAAAAUGAUUUAAUCGAAAAAUCACAAGACACUUUUUUUGUUUAAUAUAAAAAUUAAAACUAAUUGAACUGCGCGCGUUCAGAGCUAAUAAGACUUUAUAAUUGUAAAUGUUAAUAAUUAGUUAUACGCUUAUACGUAAUUGUUAACAAUUUGUAAAAGAAAACCUUCAGCAGGACCCUCAAUCAACAAAAACCGAACGGCCGUGCAAUGUUAGAAUACCUGUAUGUGUAUUGUAUUUGUAUAAACAUAAUUGUAUGCACUACCGACACCUCGUCCAUCGUGAUUCUUACAUACACCCAUGCGCAUAUCCAACGAUUUUUCCGUGUCCGUGUUAUAUCUACCGAACUAAUUGUUACUAAAUGUCACUUAUCCGUGUCCCGUAGAAAUCAACGAAGACCUCGAUUAUCAAAAAUCGACGAAAAUUUCGCGGUGCGCCUAGGCAUAUUAUUAUCUCGAUGAAAAUUGUCGCGUUAUUAUUAGAGUAUAUUCGGCCCUGGAUCUCAAUAUUGUGUUAAAUUUAACAACCGUAAACAUUUGACAGCGCCGAAAAAACAACUUAACGCCUAAUUAUACAAACACAACUGCAGUUGUAUGAUUAAGAUGUGCCGACUUUGUUUUAAAUGUAUUAAUGCGCCUUCGGCCUGUUGUUACACGAUGUCUAACGGUGCGUGAUCAUUCCUAAUACGUGUUUUUAAUUUUUACAGCGUUGCAGAAAGAAAAUUAAAAAAAAACAACCGCUGCCAUUGAGCCGAUAGUGACGAUUUCAGAAUGAAAGAGGUUUUGGCCGUGGCCCUGGUGUCCGUCUUCUGGUCGUUGCGGCCCAUCGGCUCCGACACUGUACAGUUCAAUACGGCAGCGGUGACGGCGGUGCCCGAGCAGAGGAGGAUCAACGACGUUGGCGAGUCGUUGACGUCGGUCGAUAGUGGCGUCGACAGCAACGGCACUUCGCUGUGCGACCGAUACCUGCGGUCGGCCGAGGUGGAGGUGCGGAGCCCGCGGAACCACAAGUUCGUCACGUCCAACGGCUGGACGGAGCGACAGCGGCCCCGGCCCGAGAUCAACGUGUACUCGCGCGUCGAAGAGUUGCCGCAGCCCUCGGCACAGCCGUCCACGUCCACGUUUUACCAACAACAGCGCGACAGCGCGGUCUACCACGAUUCGCGGCGGCAGCAGCUGCAACCGACCGUGAGGACGUCAAAACGGAUCAUAUACUACGCGACCUUGCCGGACGUUGUCCGACCACCGGCCGGCUACCCGGCCACAGGCCAUUCGGGCGGCUAUCCAUCGCAGCCGUCGCCCGGUUAUUCGGGUGGAUACCCCGCGCCGCAGCCCGGUUAUUCGGGCCAGUACACUGCGCCGCCGUCGAGAUAUUCGGGCCGAUUACCCGCGCCGCCGCCUGCUGGUUAUCCGGGCGGGCCACCGUCGCCACCGCCGGGCUACCCGAGCGGACUGCCCUCGUCACCGUCGGGCUAUCCGAGCGGACUGCCCUCGUCACCGUCCGGAUAUUCGGGCGGAUAUCCCGCGUCGCCGUCAAGAUAUUCGGCCGACCCAUACGCGAUUGGGCCGAAUCCCGUAUCGGCCGACUUCCGACAGUUGGAACCUAACAGGUAGUUUAUUUUUCACGGUUAUUUUCAUUUAAAUUAGUACUGCACCGAAGCGUUCGGAUUUAGAUUCGGAAGUUACGCAUUAUAAAUUGUCAAUAAUACUUGCCUUUCUUUAAUACGUUACCUACCGGAUAAUUACCAAUAAUACAACAUUACAAUGCAGCCCGGUAUCGUUACUUCGUUAUCAAUCUAAACUUAUUCGCCGAGUACAAUGAACAAUUUUCGAUUUACACGUGCGUCGUUUUCCACAGGAACUCGCCAGACAACUUGCAACGAAAUCGCGUGGCGCCCCACGAGAACGUUUACAACGGUGGUGGUGCCAGCAACGGUGGCGCUGUAACGUCAGUUACGACCAAGACGACGGCCGUGUAUAAUAGCAGAUACGACGAACCAGCCGAGUUCCGCGACUCGUUCUUCCGGCCUAACGAGUUUUCGUCCAAGUUCGCGUCGUGGUCCGAACCGUUCUACAAAAGCUGGUCGUCAUCGCCGUGGGAAAAAGAAACGACGUUUGGCAACAGCAAGGGUCCGUCGUCGUUCUCGUGGGACAGGGAACCACUAGGCGAAGGCGGGGCGUGGGACGACGCCAAGAGACCUUCCUGGGAAAAUAGAGGUUCUUCGUGGGAAAAGGAACUGGUAGAGGUGCCGUUGAAGAAGCCCAAUAACGUGAUGGGCAACGGUGGAAGUAACUUCAAUAAUGACAGAUACCCGGAAGUGGCGGUCGUCCAGUCGGAAGUGAUCGACGUGAGCGGCAACGGCCAGCAGAAUAAAUCGCCGCCCCCACCGCUGCCGAGUUACGAGAUCAUUGACGUCGAUCCGAAACCGUACCAUCAGCAACAGCCACAACAGUCUAAACCGACGCAGAAUACGCGAUAUGAUCCACCGCCAUCGCGGACGCGAUACACGCCGAUGCAACCGCCCGUACGCUUCGAACAGCAUCAACCACCACGGUCUUCCAUGCGGUACGAACAACAGCAGCAGCCGCCGUCGUCUAAGCGGUACGAUCAACAGCGUCGGCCGCCGCCGCCGUCUUCAUCGUCCACGCAAUACGGACAGCAAAACCAGAUUAAUUAUUCUCCGUCCAAUGGGUAUGCGAUGUUUAAUACUUGUGACGUUUUUUUACUGUUUUGAGCGAAACGAGAAACCGUUGACGGUUUAUUUUGAUUUUUCAGAUACUACGAGAAUAUAAAGAACAACAUCAACGCUCACCAAUUCAUGACGAGUUGGACAGAAGUGUCUACUCAGGACGGUGUAUUGCCUACGCAUUCCGUCAGCUUAGACAUCACCACGUUCGGAAAUUCUACUAAUGUAAAAAACAACACUAGGAUCAUUCCGUAUACGAAUUCCACAAACACGCCGACAUUAUUAUAAAUUUGUCGGUAGGUAUAUUUUUUGUAAUAUCGGAUUUUACACCUAUUUUAAUUAAAUAAAAACGGGCGUGUGUUUUAUAAUAUUAUUAAAACAUAAUUUUCGCAACAGAACAGGUAACUCCUAACUACGUAUUUAAUCAAAAUAUCGGAUCAUUAACAGCAGGGAGUUUUUUUCUUAAGUAUUAUGUACCUCCAGAAAUUCAAUUUAGCUACAUCUAUUAUGUUCAAAAUCAACACAAAUUGUUGGGAUUAUUUUUAAUUAUUGAUUUAUGAUUUACGAAAUUUGAACAAGUUUGUAUACUAUUACCCAUAACUUUUCGUUGUAUUUGGAACAUUUUCAAAUAACAAUAAACUCCGUUCUGUAUAGGGCGGAGAUACCACCUAUGGCCAGUAUGAUUAUAAUAUUUUAUUUAUAAAUAGAGUAAUUUUGUAAUUUUAUGAGCCAUAUGGUUACUGUGUUGUAUUCAUCUAUACAUCAAUAUUAAUUUACCGGGUGAUUAUUACAUGAUAUAUAGCGCAAUUGGAUAGCCAUAGAACAGGAAAAUAAAAUUUUAAAAUAUUAAUACAACUUUUACUCAAACUAUGUAUAGAUAAACUUAAAAUGGUUUUAGUUUUGAUGUUUUGUUUUUUAUUAACCAUAAACGGGUUUGAUAUCCAAUUGAUAUCCAAUUAAUAGAAUAAAAUGUUCAUAAGGUGGUCAUAGGUGGUCAAGGUGGUAACUCCACCCUACGCAUACUCUAAAUUUUCAUCUUAUGGAUACAUAACAAUGUAAGAGUUUUAGCCGCCAUUAUUAGUGCUCUCCAACUUCCACGGUUCUGGAUCAUUUCCUUCCUAUGUGUGGCUUCCAAUCUUUUUACCUCUAGGUAAUUUUAACGGAAUUAAUUCUCGAUUGAUAAAUACCUACUUAGAUAAAUAUUCCUAUUAGAUAAUGAAUGAAAACUUUAGAAGGUAUCCCUGAAAUCAUGUAGUAGAUUGUAAUUUGUAAAUUUAUACGCAAAGAUUUUCCUUUUUUAUUGUAUUUCGAGUACAUUACUCCACAUGUUUAACAUCUAAACAUAAUACGGACGUUUUACAAUGUUAAAAUUUCCUUUAAAUCUCUAAUAGUAAUUUUAAAAAAAUGUUAAAUUAUCCAUACGUGUCUGCUCUGCUUGAUCAUUAUUUUUUUUAAUAGCCGAAUAAUCGAGUCGCGUGUUAGAAUAAAACAUACGUUUACUUACUUUUAACAACAAUUUAUAAUGUAAGGCAAUAUUUAAGUAUAUAUGAUGAUAUUUAUAUUUGAUUUUUGUACAUAAAUUAUUUUUUUUAAUUGUAUAAAAAUGUUUAAGUACUAUUGUCAAUGAGUAUAUUAGUAGAACAGAUACACUUUUAGUUUACUAUAUUUUGUAUUGUAUAUACACUAUACAUACC